CACACGCGGGGCGACCCAAGAGAUCGGGUCCCGAUUAGGGUUAGCGCGAUCCGAGGAUAAGUUGGUUAUUCGAAUCAUCAUCAUAUCACCGCAACGAGUGGCACUCCCUCUGUGUCACCGGCCUUGUCACGUCGCGCCGUGCACCUGCCCACCAUGGCGCCGUCACGCUGGCCACCUCCCUCUGCAGCAUAAAAGCUGCCUCUCCUCCGCCAAGGUUCCCAUCCAUCCCACCGGGAACGCGUUUAGCCCCAGCGAUCUACUCCCACUUGCCUCCGAGCGACCAUCCGUGCCUUGCCCUGCCUCGACGACCUUGUCCUCGCGAUCAUCCUCACCCUCGUCCUCACCGACACCCACCUCGCUCACGAGCCACCCCCGUCGCGCUCCCAACCGCCACUAUGCACUCGACCUCCAUGGCGCCGCGCUCACAUACCCGCUGCACUCGCUCGACCGCGCACCAGCGACCAUCCGCGGAGACGACCCCCGUCUGCCACCGCGCGAACGACCAGUCCACGCCCGUGAACCACAACGCGCCCCAGUGCUGCCACUGCGGCUGGCGAGGGGACCACGCGCCAACGUGCCCCUUCAAGUGAUUGUGGCCGCUGUGCCCUGUACUACCAUCGUCCCGUCUCCUGUGAGUGCCCGCGCCUUCCCUCGUCGUCGUGUGUGGGCAGCCACACUAACGCGACGCGACGUCUCCCCCUCGCAGGUCUGUGUCAUACCAUAAUAUUGUCGCCUGUCGUCGAUCUCGCCAUGUUGUCAUUCGCACCCGAUCCCGCAGCAUCUUGUAUCAACACCAUCGCCGCGCACUGCAAGCCAUGCGCCGGCCCGUAUCUUAUUCGCCCCACGUAUAUUCACGCGCAUUGUAGGAGGUGUAAUUGGAUGGACGGAAGGAAAGCGGAGGCGGGGAGAGCUGAUGCUAAUGAGCGUGGUUGUACAUACCCCCAUCCAUGUAUUGUGAACACUCCAAUCCACAGUCGUCUCGCACUCA